UAUCUAUGCUCAUCAAAAUUUCUAUAUAUAGACUCAAUAAUCGAACAACCAAAUACAAGCCAUUGAAAUCACAAUAGUUUUUCCAAAAAUGAAAGUGCUAAACCCUUUUCUGGUCCCUUUUAACGUUAUACUACUUCCCAUCUUUUUCUUUUUUGUUGUUUCCCACGUUACAGCUUCAAAUCCAUCCAUCGACAAUUUCCUCCUAUGCCUCCCAUCUCGCUCAAAUCCAUCACAUCCAAUCUCUCACGCCAUCUACACCCCUAGCAACUCUUCUUUCUUAAACGUACUUCAAUACUACGUACGAGAGAGUAGAUUUAACACAUCAUCAACCCCAAAACCUCUAGUUAUUAUCACAGCCUUGGACGUAUCCCAUGUCCAAGCGACCGUGAUAUGUGCGAAAGCAAAUAACUUAGAAAUUAGGAUCAGAAGUGGAGGACAUGAUUACGAGGGCAUGUCAUACGUUUCAAAUGUCCCCUUUGUCAUCCUCGACAUGUUCAAUCUUCGAUCCAUCGAUAUCGAUAUACCAAGUGAAACUGCUUGGACACAAGCCGGGGCAACUCUAGGUGAACUUUAUUAUAAAAUUGCCCAACAUAGCAAGACCCAUGCCUUCCCUGCAGGGGUAUGUUUUACUCUUGGCACCGGAGGUCACUUUAGUGGGGGUGGUUACGGAAAUAUGUUAAGACAAUACGGCUUAUCCAUCGAUAAUAUUAUUGAUGCACUAAUUGUUGAUGCAAAUGGUAGAAUUCUUAACCGCAAAACUAUGGGUGAAGAUCUAUUUUGGGCUAUUAGAGGGGGAGGAGGUGCUAGUUUCGGCGUCAUUGUAUCAUGGAAAAUCAAAUUAGUACGUGUCCCAGAAACUGUUACAGUUUUUCGUGUUCCGAAGACCUUGGAACAAGGUGCUACAGAUGCACUCCUACAAUGGCAACAAGUUGCUUCUACAAUAGAUAGAAAGCUCUUCAUUAGAGUGCAACAAGAAGUUAUUCAACAAGGAGGGAACAGAACUGUCCAAGUUUCAUUCAUUGGAUUAUAUCUUGGACGUGCCAAUCCUCUUCUUUCGUUGAUGAACAAAAAAUUACCACUUCUAGGCUUACAAGCACAAAAUUGCACUGAGAUGCCAUGGGUAGAAACAACUCUAUUUUGGUAUGACAUCCCACAAGAUACUCCCCUUGAGAUACUAUUGGAAAGGACACCUACAUCAGCUACGUCCUACACUAAAAAAAAGUCCGAUUUUGUGAAAAGUCCUAUUCCAAGGGAAGGCUUGGAAAUGAUAUGGAAAAAGAUGAUUGAAUUGCAAUUGGAAAACAAUUUUGUAAUACAAUGGAAUCCUUAUGGUGGGAGGAUGAACGAGAUUGCGGAGAACGCAACGGCGUUCCCUCAUAGAGCUGGGAAUCUCUUUAAGAUUCAAUACAUCACAAUUUGGGGAGAUGAUAAUGGUACAAGUAGGAAUCUCGAAGCGACUCGAAAACUUCACGAUGCAUACACUCCUUUUGUCUCUAAGAAUCCAAGGGAAGCGUUCUUGAAUUAUAGGGAUAUUGAUGUUGGGACGAAUGAGAAUGGGAGCUUAGAUUUUGCUUUGGACUUUUUUAAGGGCAAUGUGAAAAGAUUGUUACAAGUCAAGGCUAAGGUUGAUCCUAGCAAUUUCUUCAAGUAUGAGCAGAGUAUGCCGGUUUUCCCCAAGAAACAAUGAGAAUGAUGAAGUUGAGGUUGAAGAAAAUAAAGGGUCUUGUAUUAUGCAUGGAUAGGUACUAUUUUCCUAGCUAAUUUCUUCAAUGUCUCUAAUAAUCGGGCACAUAUAUUUUAUUGUAACUUAUACUUACGUAUAAAUUGUUGGACUCAUGUAAUUAAUUAUCUAGUUGUUUCAAUAAUUUCCAUGCAACAGUUGUAAACUAGUAGUACAAAGUAUAAAUAGAUUUGAAUUCAAUAAAUAAUAAUGCUCAGAUAUUCAAUGAAGAUGACUAAAUACUGU